AUGUCCCCCUCGACCGAGUCGUCCUCGAACAGCGAUGCCGGCGCGGGCGACGGCGAGCAGAGGCUGCCGAAGUAUCGACUCGACGCGUUGCCGGCCGAGCUUCUCAAGCUCAUCGUCGUCCUCGUCAAGGAGCAGGACGAACGUCUCGCUCAGCCCCUCUUCCAGAGGCAUGCGCCGCCGCUCAGCGACGGUAUCCGGGCGCUUUCUCGUGUGAGCAAGAUCUUGCGAGCAGCAGUCAUCCCCUACCUCCGUCAGAUCGUCACGCCAAACCAACUCGCGCACCCCCUCUUCCAGUACGGCCGGGUUCCGCCCCCGAUGCUGCAGGCCCUCAAGCUUCUCGACUGCCGCAGGUUUGACCGCGAAAACGCCGUUCCCGCAACCGCGAACCUGGAGCGGCUUCCGAGCCUUGAUUCGCUUCGCAUCAACUGCUACACGUGGGAUCUUGCGCUGGGCAAGACACGGUUCACUUCGCCUGAAUCCGAGUACGAUGAUGACGGCGAACCGAUUCCGCCGCCUCCAGCGCCCAAACCUCUCGAUAGGCUGCAGGCUCAGAUGGCGCAGGAAGCUCUCGAGCUGGCCAAAGCCCGGUUCAGCGCGGUUCAUAUCGAGCAGAUCGAUACGCCUACGCAUCUGAAGCGGCACUUCAAAACGUUCAUCGACGUCGGCGCACUUCGGGGGCUCUCCCUUUCUCCCUGGACCCAAUUCUACGACCCCAGCAAAGCACCUCAUCUCGCCCCGCUUCAGGAAUGUCUACAUCUCGUCACGCUGCGCCUGUCUGGCGACGGCAAGAGCGGCAUCAGCGAACCGGUGCAGCCUGACUUCCUCAUUCGUCUCCCUUCUGUCGAAGAGUUGUCCAUUGACAGCCGGUCGCCACGAAUCGCUCGUGUGAUUGAGCGCAUGGCGCCCAAUGUCCGCACUCUUCGCCUGACCUGCGAUACGUGGGAUAAGAUACCCGCCGAGUUUGCGCCCGCCGACUUGCCGCACCUCGCCAACUUGCACAUACACGCCACAGACUAUCACGUCCAUGCAUUGAGCCUCUUCGCCAAAUGCCCCUAUACAUCAGCAACUUGGACCGAUCCUCGCUGCCUCAUGGUCUUCGGCCCCGACACGAACCUCGCAGAGAUCCUGCCUCUUGAAAUCUUUUCGCCUACCCUUCGCUGCUUGCGCGUCGAAGCGUCGCACAGUGGCACUAUCGCGUCGAGCUUUGAAUCCUAUCGGGCCUUGUGCACGACCCGCGGGAUCGCCUUCGAGUACGACGUUGGAACGCGCGCCGUCGACUUCCUUGUCAACAGCGGCGACGAGGAACUCUCUUCACAGGCUUCGGCCGUGCGCGAAGUGCUCAGAUGGGCGCAGGACAGGGUCGACUGGCUCGAGCAACUCGGCGACAAGGGUGGACUGCACAAGAUGGCCAGGCGCGUGCAGGACCUCAAGACGUGGCAGGUGCUUGACAGGGCGUGA